UGGCGGUAAUGGGUCACGUCUUUGUUUACCAUCCCACACAGAUACUAAGGAAAAGAAGAAGAAGAAAGCAACAAGCGAAGAAGAAUCGAAAACGUCGCUUGAAUUAUUUUUAGAAGCACUAUGUCUAAAAGGAAAGUAACAUUUGAAGACGGGAACGGGGAGUUUGACCUGGAAGACGAUCUCCCAAAUAAAAAGAGCUGUGAGGUUGUCAGUGGACCAGGCUCUAGGUUCAAGGGUAAGCACUCCCUUGAUAGUGAUGAAGAGGAUGAAGGGGAGGACACAAAGAGCAGCAAAUAUGACAUUUUGGCCAGCGAUGAUGUGGAAGGCCAAGAGGGUGCAACGAUUGACUUUGAUGAGGGAGUUUCCAUAACACCUUUCAACCUGGAAGAGGAGAUGGAGGAAGGGCACUUUGACUCUGAGGGGAACUAUUUCAUUAAAAAAGAACAACAGAUUAGAGACAACUGGCUUGACAACAUUGACUGGGUGAGAGUAAAAGAACAACCUUUCAAACAAAAGAAGAAAGGUCUUGGAGCUAAACGUACACGCAGAGCCGGUGAUGAGGAUGAGGCCGAGGAAGAGAGACAGAGAGAAGAGCAGCAGGCAGACGAUGAUAAUGAAGAAGAGGAGAAGGAGAAGGAGCCUGCUGAGGAUCCACUGGCAUCCUACACACAGCAUCAGCUCACUGAAGCCGUAGUUGAACUGCUGCUGCCUGGCGAGACGGUUGCUGCAGCGCUCCGCCGUUUAGGAGGCCUCGGAGGACGAAAGAAGAGAAAGCUGAAAGAAGAGAGUGAACCCACAGAGGAGACCAAAAGGGAUGCAGAAAAGCUCGAUAAGCUCACAGCAUUAGCUGACAGACUGGUUGGAUCUGGGAUGUUUGAAAUCUAUCAGCAAACAUAUGAAAAGCUGGCCUAUUUGUUGAAGAGCAUGAGCAGCAAGAGGCCAGCUGUGGGGCAGAAACCUAGUGGUGGUGAAGAAGAUGAACUUGACAUGUUUGCAGAUAAAUUUGAUGAAACCCACGAUGGCAGAUCAGAGGAUAAAGAGGAGGAGGAAAACAAAAUAGUGAGUGAUGAAGUGAUGUGGGAGUACAAAUGGGACAAUGACAAUAACGCAGAAGUCUAUGGACCCUUCACCAGUCAACAGAUGCAGGAUUGGGUCGAUGAAGGCUAUUUCAGCAAUGGCGUGUAUUGCAGGAGGGUGGACCAGGAGGGAUCUCAAUUCUACAACUCCAAGAGACUGGACUUUGAGCUCUAUACGUGACUUAUGUCCAGCCAGGUGAUCAAUCACAACUAUCACUGUCAAUCUCAGUAUUCAUGUUUUGCCCUCAGUCUUUCUUCAGUUUGUUCUUCCAAGACUGUUGUCAGAUUAGCACAGUUAUUAUUUUCUGUGCGUUGUUUUUAAAUAAAUAACUCAUGUGAUGUUGCUCUCAGCCAUGUUUUUUCCUGAGAACCAGAUCACAUUGUGGGUUUAUUUUAAGGCUCACUGAUUUUAUUCUGAACAUUUAGAUUACACAGUCAUUCUCCUUGACAUUCAUAUGCAUACUGACAUGUGAUAGUUAUCUUGUUGCUGUAGAGUAUUUUACACUUCUACACAUUUACAUUAUACACAGUACUUAUAAGAGGAAAAGCUAGUACUGUGAUAGGCUGUUAAUUUAACCACCUCCUUUUCAAACCUCAGUACUGAGAUGCAGUUUGGCAGUGAGGAAAUUGAUGUUGUCAUUGGAGUGGAAUGUGGGAUUGUUAAGGAUCCCGUUUUAUGCCUUCAAGUAUUUACAGGUAGAUACUCAUGGUAAUUAUCAUAUUUAGGACUGUCCCCAAUGGCAGUUUUUGGGCUCUGGAUAUUUGGGUGUUAAUGGACUGACAUUGUGCUACAGCUUAAAAGUACCCUCUUUGCCCGUCUGGCAGUGCUUUGGGUUAAAAAAACAAAAAGCCAAUAAAGGUCACAUAAUAUUUAAUGUAACAGAUGAACACACGACAGAUCUUCAUAACGAUUUGCGUGCACACACAAUGUACUACAUUUCCAUGACUGAUGUGAAAUCUACUGAUCGUUUUACCUGUGAAGACGUCUCACUCUGUUGGAGUUGUUGGAAUGUCAAAAAAGCACCCAGUUCACUCUCAUUAUUCAGUGGUUAUACAGAGUGAUGCCUCUUUACUCAUAAACGAUCUUUGGCUAACAGCCUGUUUGUCCACAGGCUUUUGUCCUGUCUUCAGUUUGAGUCACUGAUUUAACCUAAGUUAGCGACAGCUGGUAUGACCUCACAGGUUGUCAUUUAAAUCAGAAACAGCAAAGAUUAGCAGAGUCUGCUACCUAAGUGACUGCCACAGAGGAGCUUUGAAAGUUGAAAUACUAACAUUGAUACCUACCCAAUGAAUGAAUGUCUGAAUAGUCAGAUAUUUGGAUCCAGCCCUAUGGUAUCUCCUUUGUCUAUAGUCACUGAUACAUCACUGUUACCUCCCAGGGAUUUUAGAAUAUAUAUUAUAAAAUGUUGAGGUGAUUCAGAUAUUUAUAUUCUUUAAAAAUCAGAUGGUCAUCCAUAAUACAGUGUGGACACACUUUUAGUGGUUUGAAGUGACAACACAAAA